AUGAUUUCGGCAAAGGUUUCCUUUGUGGUAAUUCUACUAGUGUGGUUCUCUGUCUCGUCUAUUUGUCAAUGUCCAGCGCGAGACUGUGAUGUCACGUUUUGGACAUUCUGGAGUCGGUGCACUUCAGACCAAUGUGGGCAGUUGGGAGCUCAAAGUCGAUCAAGAAUGAUAGUAACAAGGCCUACCUGUGGUGGAAGAGAAUGCCCUGAUAACCUUUUCGAAACUCGUCAGUGCUAUGGGGGAAAUCCAGUUGACUGUGAACUGAGCCAAUGGACACGUUGGAGCUCUUGCACAACUCCUUGUGGCGCAUCAGGAACACAGUCUAGCUCUCGUAACCGAGUUAUUACCGAGAAGUGUGGCGGUACAUGUUCGUCUUCUCUCACAAGAACAAGAUCCUGCUUACAGACCAGUUGUUUCAAUGGGGGAAGUGUACAAAAUGGAGCGUGUCGCUGUCGAGAUGGGUUUGCCGGAAAUUGUUGCCAAGAGGAAAUAUGUAAUGGCCCUUCGCCAGCAGUUGACUGUCAACUUAGUUCCUGGUCAGAGUGGAGCCAUUGUACGACAGAUUGUGGUGUAGGAGGAUUACAGACUAGAACUCGUCAGCGGACAAUUUACGAGAGGUGCGGAGGUUCAUGUUCUGGAGGGUCAGACUUAAAGAUGGAACGAUCCUGCCCUCGCAAGACUUGCUUUAAUGGAGGAAACUUAAUGGGUGGAGCGUGUAGUUGCAAGGAGGGAUAUACUGGUUAUUGCUGCGAGAAAAAUGAAGAUGAAGAAACAGACACAGGCUCAUUCUCAGUCACCCUUGGCGUGUCGCUGUCUGGUGGUUUUAGCCUCCUCUUCUUUUGCUUGUGCGGUUAUUGUUGUUAUCGUUGUUUUUGUAAGAACUGAGCCCGGGCCUUUAUUUCUCCGACGAAAUAAGUAAUGAAAUGCCACCAAAGACUACACCAAAGUGCAAACGCACUUUAGUGGUAAGCUGGUUAGGGAUCUCGAUCGGAUAAUUGUUCGAGUUCGCACGAGGCGUUAAUUUAUCUUCGCCUUAAAUCAGUUUAAACCACAUAACCUUUUGAGCUGCUUUUUAGUGUCGAAGCGUAGCUUUCACGUGGUACUCCGUAAUAUUUUUCUUUUAGGAUGCUUUGCUCUAAGUUCCA